GCGGCCUUCCCCGCCCAUCGCAGGCCCGCACCCCGCGCCAGGCCACCCGUCCCGGGGCUCCCUGGGCCGCACCGGCCGGUCAUCCCGGGGAGCCCCCCGACUGCCUCCCAGGGUGAGGCGGGGAAGGACAGCUUAGCGCCCCGCCGCCUCCGAGCAGGCCGCCAGGACGCCGGCGGCUGGAGAUGGGCGCCCGGUCCUCGCGGCGGCGGCCGCCGGCGGACCCGCCCAUGGCCCUGGACGCGCUGCCCCCCGAGCUGCUGGUGCAGGUGCUGAGCCACGUGCCGCCGCGCGCCUUGGUGGCGCAGUGCCGCCUGGUGUGCCGCGCCUGGCGCGACGUGGUGGACGGGCCCACCGUGUGGCUGCUGCAGCUGGCCCGCGACCGCAGCGCCGAGGGCCGCGCACUCUACGCCGUGGCCCAGCGCUGCCUGCCCGACGGCGAGGACGACGAGGAGCUGCCGCUCUGCGCCCUGGCGCGCUACUGCCUGCGCGCGCCCUUCGGCCGCAACCUCAUCUUCAACUCCUGCGGGGAGAAGGGCUUCAAAGGCUGGGAGGUGGAGCACGGCGGGAACGGCUGGGCUGUGGAAAAGAACCUAACACUGGUGCCCGGGGCUCCUUCCCAGACCUGCUUCGUGACUUCUUUCGAAUGGUGCUUCAAGAGGCAGCUUGUGGACCUGGUGAUGGAGGGGGUAUGGCAGGAGCUGCUCGACAGCGCCCAGAUUGAGAUCUGUGUGGCCGACUGGUGGGGCGCCCGAGAGAACUGCGGCUGCGUCUACCGGCUCCGGGUCCGCCUCCUGGACAUGUACGAAAACGAAGUGGUCAAGUUCUCGGCGUCACCCAACCCGGUCCUUCAGUGGACUGAGAGGGGCUGCCGACAGGUCUCCCACGUCUUCACCAACUUCGGCAAGGGCAUCCGCUACGUGUCUUUUGAGCAGUACGGGAGAGACACGCGUUCUUGGGUGGGGCACUACGGCGCGCUUGUGACCCACUCCAGCGUGAGGGUCAGGAUCCGUCUGUCCUAGCGACCGGCCAGAUCAGGCCUUCCAGGACGCACUGCCAUCUGCCAGAUCUUGUCAUUCAAGAGCGGCCUUCCGGCAGGGAAUCAGAGGAUGCCCA